AUGGAGAAAGACAAAAGAACUUACUGGAGAAAGAUCACCGAUGAGGAGCAGAGGGUAAGGAGUAAUGGAGACGAAGAUGAGAACGAAGGAUACAAUAAGAUGAAGGAAGAAAUUAAGGGUUUAAAGAUCCUCGGCGAAGCAUCCUGGUCACAGCUGCCUCCUGGUGACCUGAGACUCUGUAACAAUUGCUACAAACAAGGGCAUCUCGCCGCAGACUGCACGAACGAGAAAGCAUGCAACAAUUGCAGGAAGACAGGGCACCUCGCUCGUGAUUGCAUAAACGAGCUUGUCUGUAAUCUCUGCAAUGUCGCAGGGCAUGUAGCUAGGCAAUGCCCAAAGUCAGGAACGCUUGGUACCUUUGGAGGUGGCUUUGGCGCCUGUGGCUUUGGUGGUUGGGUUGCACCAACAAUGAUCUGCCAUAACUGUGGCGGAAGGGGGCAUAUGGCCUACGAGUGCCCAUCAAGUAGGUUCAUGGACCGUGGGUUCCGAAGGUACUGAAUGCCAUAUGCU